AUGGCCGUUGAUGUUGCGCCAGUGCCGUAUUCUACUAUUAUUUUGCAUUGCUUGAAAUAUCCACACAAUGGCGUUUUCGGAAUUCUCCUCGGAACGAGAACGUGUAACAAAGUGAGAGUCACGUCUGUUGUUCCGCUAUCUCACGAAUCAUCUCCACUAGCUCCGUCCCUUGAGAUCGCGUUAGCAGAAAUUCAUGCAGCGUACCCAAAUAUCGUCGGGGUCUAUUUCUCCAAUCAGAAUUACAAGGACAGGAGUCUGAAUCCAUAUGCUGUUCGUCUAUGCGAAAAUGUGAUGUCAGUUUGCAACACACCCGCUAUUCUCGUACAAGUUAUCAACUGGAAUCUGAGCCCGGAUUGUGAGAGCAACUCACUCUCAGCGUAUGUUAAAGAAGGAGAAGGAUGGAAAGAAACGCGGUUAGACACGCUACCUGAUUCCUUCACUACACUAUCCAGAGCAAUCCAUGGUAAGCUUCAUCGCAAUGUUUGCGACUUUGAAAAUCAUCUCGAUCGACCUGAGUGCGACUUCUACAACACAACCCUUUUACAAACCCUUGGGCAGCUGAUAGGAUAG